AUGAAAUUUCUAAAACUUCUAUUAAUUCAGGAGCUUCUACAUCAUUUGGACAUCAGCCACAACGCAGUGCUACACUUGCAACCUGGAUGUUUUGGAAAGAACAACAUUCUAUCGUUAGACGUUGCUGGAAACGAACUUCCAAGUGUACCAACCGACGCUUUACGAUCUACAUCUGCCAGUCUGUCUAUUCUUAAUUUGGAUCGGAACCGCAUUCGAACACUCGACUCGUCGCAGUUUUUUGAGCUGAGGAAUUUGACAAAACUGAUAAUAUCACGUAAUCGUAUUGAGACUAUAGAAGAAGGCGCCUUCGAACACCUUCCCGCCUUGAAAUAUCUGGAUAUCAGCAACAACCCCGUCAGCACAUGGAGCCCUUCCGCUUUCAGGGAUAUGAGCAGCACAAUGAAUGACAUCAAUCUCGCUAACACGGGUCUUUUUUCGAUACCACGAAUGAGCCAUCACGCAAUUCGGCACUUCAAUCUCAGCAUGAACAAGAUCUAUGAUAUCAGUCGAUAUGACUUGGCAAGAACAGCGCAGCUUCAUUCCCUCGACAUCUCAUUUAACAACCUUCCCCGAUUCGAGCACGACGUUUUUGAUGAUCUUGUCAAUCUCAAAAUGCUCAACAUAAGCGGAAACCCGAUAAAAGAGAUUCUGGGAGAGCAACUUGAAAGUCUUUAUCAGGUAGAUCUUUACGAUAGGCAACAUAAUCAGUCCACUUUUAAAGCCGCAUUACAAACCUGGCUUAACCGUUACUGUUUUUUGGAAAAGUCAACAGUUCGAAAUACUUCACUUCUCCCCCUUUUUUGA